CCGGAAAGUACUCGAGCCAGUCCAGUAGAUCGCCGACUUUUCGCCCGUGCGCAGUGCCCGUGUGUCCGUCUCCCGUGUUAAUUCGCAUUUUGUUCAUCAUCAUCACUUGUUGUUGGUUUUGUUUCCCGCAGUGGCAGUUUCAUGUGUCGCCCAUCCAGCAACAGCAGCCGCCGCCACCUGCCAGAGGAUUUAACCCCUCCGCCGACGGAUAUCCGCCCUGAUAGCUCCGAAUGCCCUGAUCUCCAUGCCUAAACAUGAAUGAGGAGCUGCUGCCCUACGGUGGCAACAGUGUGGCUAUUUGUGUCGUCGGCCCCUCAACCGAUCCGCAACAUCCGCCAACAACAGCCGACAGCAGCAGCACCACUACCACCUUUGUCGCCAAUGACAACAAGGAGCCGUCCAAACUCAGCAAGAAAUUGAGUAACAUUAGUGCCAUUAGCGACAAUUUCAACAGUUUCAUCAAUAGUGCCGUCGGCGCUGCCAUCGUCGUCUCUAAUAAUUCCGGCCCAGCUUCAUCCACCGCCUCCGCUUCUGCCCAGCAGCCGUCCAGGCGCACCAGUUUGGUCAUCGGCCGCAACCGCAAGAAAUCGCGCCGCUUGACCCUCACGCAAGUUUGCUCCGAAUUCGAGCGGCCCCAACAGCCUCUUCCGCAGCCCAGCAGCGAUCCGCCGUCGUCCGUCGUCGCCGUUGGCGACUAUGAGCACCUGCCCGUCUCUAGGACGUCCAGUUUGAUUUCAUUCGCUUCCGUCAGCAGCUCCUCGACGGCCAUUUCGUCCAUGUCGUCGUCCAGCUCCUCGUCGCCCAAGUCGCUGUCGCAGAGGUCGUCGACGUCGUCGUCCCAGCGCUCGUCCAUCUCUUCCGCCUCGGCCCAUCCCGAGCGAAAACUCAACCGCAUCUUUUCCAUUUUGCACUCGAUGCAACAGACUUUCCUCCAGGCCCAGCCAUUCGCCGCCGCCGCCCAAGCCCAGCAGACCCAAACGGCCGGCGGAGGAGGACACAAUGGACCAGCGACGCCACCGUCGCCAUCGUCGCAAAUGUCGGAGCCGCAGUACAUCGUCAUGGUCCCGCCGCGAUCCACUUCCGUCACGACGGUCCACUCGGACGCCUGCAAGAGCAGCGGCCACGGCCAAAGCCUGAGGCAUCACCAAUUGCGCCAGGCUCCUUCGCGCCAGCACAUUUACGGAAUGGGAAGGAGCCAGGAGUCGCUGGCCCUGGCCCAGCCUGGGCCCGGGUCGGGAGUCAACAGCCACCCCAACCAUUUGGCCAUGGGGGCCAUCGACAGGAACCGGCGGUUCGGGUCGGCCAACAGCUGGACUGGCUCGCAAUGCUCGGGAUUCACUUGCACGACGGUGACGACCAGCACGGAAGGGACCCUGUCGGGCUCGCCAUUGGUCCACGCUAUGCCGUACCACAAAGACGGAUGGACGUCAUUUUUCAUCGCCGGGAGUUCGACCUACGCCCAACUUUUAAUUGUCGUUUGCAUCGUGGCCGCCCUGUCGGAGGUGGUCACCCACAACGUCCCGUUUCUCUACUUUGAGGGAUUUUUCACUUACAUGUACUCGGUGUCGAUCCUGUUCUUUCUCUACGUGUUCGGCUAUUUGCUGCGCUCCAAGCGGAGGCGGGAGCAGAAGAAGCGACUGCGCAAAUUGAACAAAUUGAGGCGGACCCAAAUGAGCAGCGGCGGUGGUCCUGGCCCGUCGGGUCAUCAGGAUCACGAGAAAGAUAUUGGCAUCAGCGGCAGCUCCUACAGGAGCAACAGGAGCGCAUCAGUGGCCAUGGAAAGCGAAACCAUGGCCAGUACGUCGACCCUCAACCGGUUCAUCACUGGCAUCAGGAGCCAAAGGCGCAGGUUCAGUCGAGCCGGACCGGAUGGUGUCAACAAUUUGGCCCUGGAAAUUGGAACGGACGGCGGGAGGAUCGAGUCUCCGUCAUGCUCCAAACCGGCAGGCCAUCAUCACCAUCCGUCAUCCAGCGGAUCGGGCAGCAGCAGCAGCAAGAACCUGCAAUGGACCCCGUCGUCGGUGGGUUUCAAUUUGGUCGACGAGUCGCCCAGUGAAAUCGUUUCUUACGCCAUGAACAGCGACAAUGUCGUCAUCCCCAGCGGCGAAAUAACCGGUACUCGCACUCACGGUGGCGGCGGUAAAAUCAAGAAAUUGAAAGUGUCCAACAACGAGCACAGCCACGGCAGUUUCUUCUUAAGGGCCGGCGCCGUGGCUUUCGGCCUGGGCACCAUGAUCUACGACGGCCUGGAAUUCGGCGCUUUCCUGGAAGUGCCGCCCGAUUCGCCGUGUUUCGCUCUCCUGCGCGGACUCAAUCCCGUCCUUCACGCCGCAUUCGUCUUCCUCCAAAUGUACUUCAUCUUCAUCUCCGCCAGGUUAAAUAUUCACAAAUUCAAAGCAAUUGCUCGAUUCGGUUUGAUGCAUUGCCUGGCCACCAACGUUUGCGUUUGGAUCCGCACUUUGGUCAGGGAGUCGCUCAAGGAGAUCAAUCACCACCACGAACAUCACCCGAAAGGUGCCGAGCAAUUCCAAAUGGCGGCCCAACAGCAGCAAAUGGCGGCCUCUAGUGCUGCCACCGCCGCCGAUACCCAGGCCUUUCUGCACCACAUGGCCGAGGCUGUGGCGGCCGCCGUCGGCAGCGAAGAAGACGGUAGCUCAUCCGUUUACGAAUUUGUGAACGACACGUUGGCCGAAGCGCUCAGCGCUGCCAUCGAAGUCAAAAGUAAAGAAAAGUCACAUCUGUGGGAAUUGACGGGCAACGUCUCGUGCGGCCGCCACAUUUUCCUGGGCGAACUCAUCAUGAAAGCCGCCCCUUUUCUCUAUCCGUUUCUCAUUGAAUAUUCGCUGAUUGGCGCCGGGGUUCUUUACGUCAUUUGGGCCAACAUCGGACUCAAUCCAAAGUACAAGACGGAAGAGGAUCACAACGAAGAUUCCACCUGGAACAGCAAAUCUCGGCAGUUGAGGGUCGAUUGCGUCGGGGCCUCCAAGGGACUUUUCAUGGGCCUUUUUGUACUGACGGCCGCGCUGCUCUGCCUCAUCCUCUUCUUCAUCUUUGCCCCGCAGCCGCAAUUCCAUCGGCUCGGACUCUUUUUGGCCGAUUCCGCCCAUUUGUCUUUACUCCUCUUCUCCCUCUGUGCCAUGGCCAUCGGCUCCUACAGGGCCCGGCACCUUCACUUCCAUUCGGAGCAUAUGGAAGAGUUGGGCAGCAUUUUGUUGAGGGUCUCUGCCCUGGGCAUUUUCGCUUAUUCCGUUUUCUCGAUGAUCGCCGGAGCCUUUGCCAAUCAGGAGACGGACGAGCCGCCCGUUUUGGUUUUCAUCAACGGACUCCUGUCCGUCGUGGAAGUGACGAUGCAGAUGCUCUUCAUCUCGGACAUGUCGAGACGACGAGUCAAUUCCAUCGAUCAGGAUCGAGAGAAGCCGGGCAGACAGGCCGUCACUUUUCUGCUCAUCACCAACUUGACCCUGUGGCUCGUCUACACUUUUGAAAUGCAAAAAGUCGAAGCCAAUCCCGUCCAGCUCAACUUUUACGGCUUCCUGCCGUGGGCCAUCGUCCAGCGCAUCACGUUGCCCCUUUGCAUCUUUUACCGGUUCCAUUCGGCCAUGGUCUACGCUGAAAUUUGGAAGAAUUCGUACCGGUAUCACGGGCCUUCUCUAGAGGAAGCCCUGCCCAACCAGUACAUCAUAUCCUGAAGUGAAGGGAAUAAUCAUUAUUUAAUCUUUUUUAAAAAAAUUGUACGUGUGGACGUGCUGUGUGUGCGUGUAUCUAUUUGUGAGUGCCCGUGCUUGUUGUGGAAGCCAAUUUUUCAUUAUUUAAAACAAUCGCCAAACACCACACCUACUUAUCCUGUCUUUUGGGGGCUGUGCACAGCACAAGGCGCCCAUGUGGGGAUUUAAUUGAUUUCAUUCAUGUAUACCAGGGCGCCCCCCUUGCAACAGUGACAACAUCGAAGGCAUUUGAAUGAUUUCCCUCGUUAUGAAUUACGAGGCCGGUUUUCGCGUUCGACUUGAUUGCCACUCUAAAAAUUAACUUAUUUUUUCAAAUAGAAAUCUAACAUCUCUCUCUCUCUCUCGAUACAAAUUGAAGAAGUGAUUAAUUGAAGGUUACGGUUUCUAAUAAUUGUGACAUUGAACUAUGGAUAAUACAAAAAACGUCGUGGAUA